UCACAUGUUGUAGUCUCGUUGUCAUGGGAACGGCUGAGCCCUUCUGAGACACAUUUGUGUCUGUUUACAGGACUGCGGUCGGGGUGAGCGCUGGUUCUAACAUCAUGUCCAGAGGAAAGGUGACUACAAACAAGAUUCCGUAUGUCUACCAGCGGCAGAAGGAGCGGGAGCCCCGAUCCUGCAUUCGAUACAAGUGCUGCCUCCUUAACACCAUCGUGGACGUGCUGAGACAGCGGCCUGGCUGGACAGAGGUGAAGGACGAUGGAGAGUGGGAUUUUUAUUGGUGCGAUGUCGGCUGGUUGCGCGAGAACUUUGACCACAUUUACAUGGAGGAACACGUGCGCAUCUGCCACUUCCGCAAUCACUACGAGUUGACCAGGAAGAACUUUAUGGUGAAGAAUCUUAAGCGGUUUCGGAAGCAGCUGGAACGAGAGUCUGGCCGCCUUGAGGCUGCAAAAUGCGACUUCUUCCCUAAGACCUUCGAGCUUCCAGCAGAAUAUCACCUGUUUGUAGAGGAAUUCCGCAGAAACCCUGGGAUCACGUGGAUCAUGAAGCCUGUGGCCAGAUCCCAAGGGAAGGGUAUUUUUCUUUUCCGGAAGCUUAAGGACAUCAUUGACUGGAGAAAGGAUGGCAGCCGCUCAGAUGAGCAAAGAGACGAGAUCCCUGUAGAAAAUUACGUGGCUCAGCGCUACAUAGAGAAUCCAUACUUGAUAGGAGGAAGAAAAUUUGACCUGCGGGUGUAUGUGCUUGUCACGUCGUAUACCCCACUCAAGGCCUGGCUUUACCGUGACGGUUUUGCCCGAUUUUCAAACACGCGCUUCACCCUCAGCAGCAUCGAUGAUCAGUAUAUUCACUUGACCAAUGUGGCGAUCCAGAAAACUGCUCCAGAUUAUGAUCCUGAAAAGGGCUGCAAGUGGAUGAUUCAGCAGCUACGGCAAUACCUGUUGGCCAAGCAUGGCUACACGGCAGUGGAGACUCUGUUUCAGAAUAUAGACAAUAUCUUCAUUAAGACCCUACAGAGUGUCCAGAAGAUCAUCAUCAAUGACAAGCACUGCUUUGAACUGUAUGGAUACGACAUCCUCCUGGAUGAGGAUCUCAAACCGUGGCUGCUAGAAGUUAAUGCUUCUCCCUCCCUGACCGCCAGCAGUCAAGAUGAUUACGACCUGAAAUGCCGUCUCUUGGAAGACACCCUGAAUGUGGUGGACAUGGAAGGAAGACUAACAGGGAAGGAGAAGCGGGUUGGGGGCUUCGACCUCAUGUGGAAUGAUGGCUUUGUGUCCCGAGAUGAUGGGCAGCUAGACAGCAUCAACAAUGGAAACUUCAUAGCAAACACACACUUAGGCUGCAUCAACGACAGGAAGAAGAACCUGAGACACAUAAUGAAAGCUGCCAAUAAGAAGUCAGCAGCAGUUCAAUAAACUUUGGAACAUCAGCCAUCUUGUCCAUUACAUUUUCAGAGCUGGGGGUUACGUUAUAGGAAGACAGUGGGGUAAAUUCAUAAAAAAUGGAGUAGGCACAUGCACCAUAUUUAACUGGUUAACGACCAAGGACAUGCAUACACGUCCUCGUGCCGUUAACGGGGUAUGGUGCAGGCUCCCGACUAGAGUCCGCACCAUACCGGCUGGCCCUGAUUCUUGUAGCUCAGAGCAGGCGUUAAUAGCAGACAUGUGGCGAUCUAUUAACCCUUUAGAUUGCCGCUGUCAAAGCUGACAGCAGCGUCUGAAGAAUCCUGUAAACACUCCCUGGUGGCAGGACCAGGCUUUAUCAAUCUAGUGCAGAGCACACAGAUCAAUGUGGUUCUAUUGAACUCUAUUGAUCUGUAUGAGUAAUCUAAUGAUUCCUCCUAAGUUCCCUAAGGCGACUAAUAUAGUGUGUAAAAAAAAAAAAAAAAAAAAAAAAAAAAAAACACACACACUUUCCUUAUUAAAAGUUAAAAAUUAAAACCCUUUUCCCAAAUUCCAUAUAAAAAUAAAACAUGUGAUAUCACCGCAUGCGUAAAUGUCCGAACUAUUGAAAUAUAAUGUUAAUUAAACCGCAUGGUCAGUGACAUACGUAAAACUUAUAGUUCAAAAUUGCGUAUUUUUGGUCACUUUGGAUACUUUAUUUUUUCUUUAUAAAAACAGAUCAACAAGUCCCAUCAAAACAAAAAUGGUACAGAUAAAAACUUCAGAUCAAGGCGCUAAAAAAAAAAAUUAAAAAAGAGCCCUCAUACCGGCCUGUAUAUGGAAAAAUAAAAAAGUUAUACGGGUCAGAAGAGGACAUUUUUUUAUCUACAAAUUUUCAUGCAUAAAGUUAUAAUUUUUUUACAGAAAUAAAACAAAAUCAAACCUAUAUAAGUUGGGUAUCAUUUUAAUCGUAUAGACCUACUGAAUAAAGAUAAGGUGUAAUUUUUACCGAAAAGUGCGCUGCAUAGAAACGGAAGCCAAACAAACAAAAUGCCGUUUUUUUUUUUUUUUUUCAAUUUAGCCCCACAAAUUUUUUUUUCUGGUAUCGCCGUAGAUUUUGUGGUAAAAUUGAGGUCAUUACAAAGUAGAAUUGGUGACGCAAAAAAAACAAGCCUUCAUAAGUUUGUAGGUGGGAAAUUGAAAGCUUUCUGAUUUUUCGAAGGCGAGGAGGAAAAAAUUAAAAGUGCAUAAAUAAAAAAACCUGUGGUCCUUAGGGGGUUAAAAGCCAUUUGCCUGCAUUACUGUUUUGACAGUUUUCCAUUUGGGGG